AUUGUGCUUUGGUACCGCUCAAAAUGACUAUUAUAAUGACAAUGUCCAUGAGUUAAGUAUUUGCAACAAUUGAAGUAACUAGUAGAUUCAAUACAUGCAAAUUAGGUUAAAAUAUAUUCGAAAUGGUUAAUUCUAUAGAUUUUAAUGUUUCCAACAAAAUUUUAAUAGUUUUGGGUGUUGUUGGUAGUAUAUUAGUUUUUGGAGGAGCUUUCGUUGGAUUUAAAGUCGUACCAGAUGGUAUAAAUAUGAAACUUUGGGAGACAAAAGUUUUGAAAGAAAAUACAGAACAAUGGAAUAUUUUUGUGAAAACACCUUUUCCGUUCACUUUCAAAGUUUAUAUAUACGAUGUCAAAAACCCAGAGGAAAUUUUAGAAGGAGAGAAACCGUUGGUAGAGGAGGUGGGACCGUUUGUAUACAAAUUAUUUAAGUGGAAGCAAGAAAUAGAUUGGUCUACACCCGAUGAUAUAUCUUAUAAUUUGUAUACCAGGUAUGAAUUUGACAAAGACGCUUCAGGAUUGUAUUCGGAUGAGACUAAAGUAACGAUUUUCAAUAGUAUGUUUUAUAGUAUUAUGUUGAAAAUAGAAGAAACUCAACCGGACGCUUUUGGUCUGAUAGAAAGUGAGCUUCCAAUGAUAUUCGGAGAAAAUGACGGUUUGUUUAUCAAAGUAAAAGUUAAGGAUUAUUUAUUUGAAGGACUGAAGUUCUGUGAAAAUGAAGGAGCCAAUGCCGGUUUUGCUGGUUCGAUGUUUUGUAGACAAGUUAUAGAAAAAUUGCAUGAGUCUAAGACUUUAAGAUUGGAAAAUAAAACGGUUUUAUUCUCUAAUAUGCAUUACAAAAACAACACACAUUCAGGUAGAUUCACUGUUAAAUCCGGCCAGAAAACUAGAGAAGAAGCUGGAAGAUUACAUUUAUAUAAUGGAAAAGAAUAUAUUAGCACAUGGUCGGGAGAUAAAUCUAUAUGUAAUAAAAUAAGGGGUGUGACGACUGUUUUUCCCGUAGAUGUGAAACCAGAUAUGAUUUUUGAGUCUUUUGCAGAAGAUAUUUGUAGAACAGUUGCUUUGGAAUAUUCCUCCGAAGAAACAGUGAAAACCCUCAAGGGAUUGAAAUUUGUUGCUAAAAAUGAUACAUUCAGCACCUCCAAUAGAGAAAACUCUUGCUUUUGUCAAAAUAAAACUCGGACGUUUGACACCAAAUUAGGCUGUGCUAAAGAUGGGAUAACGGAUCUAAGUCCCUGUACAGGUGGUCCUGUUAUGGUGUCCUUUCCACAUUUAUUGUAUGGAGACAAAGAAUACCAAACAAGUGUUCAAGGUAUGGACCCGGAUAAAUCCAAGCACGAAACUUCUCUUAUAUUAGAACCGCUCAGUGGUUAUCCAUUAUAUGCAGCUCAAAGGAUACAAUUUAACAUGUUCCUCAGACCAAUUGAAGGUAUGGAAAGUUUGGCUAAUGUCUCCAGAGCAUUGAUGCCUUUGUUUUGGGUCGAAGAGACUUUAUUAAUUGGAGACCAGUACAUUGAAAUGAUGAAAUCUGAACUUUUCCAUACCAUGAAUAUAAUCAAUAUCGUCAAAUGGAUCGUGAUAACAUCUGGAUCGGCAUGUCUUAUAAUAGCAGCCUUGGCGAUAAUCUAUAAGCGGGCUCCUAAGAAAAUGAAGCAAAUACUGCAUUCAAAGUGCUGUUCUACAAAAGUAAUAUCAAUAAUCUUAGCUGCACUAAUAGUGUUGUUUAUAGGUGUGUUAGUGUUAAGUUUCUAUGGAAUUUCUAAAAUUAUCGAAGUCAAUUUACAUCAGUCAGUGGAAUUGAAGGAAAACACAGACCAAUGGGACAGAUUUAUCGACUUACCGAUACCAAUAUCUUUGAAAGUAUAUAUUUUUAACGUAACAAAUUCGGAUGAAGUACUGAAUGGUGAAAAACCUAAGUUAAUAGAAGUUGGACCGUAUGUGUACAGAGAAAAUAUUCAUAAAGAUAUCUCAUCCACAAAUAACGAUGAAGACAGUGUAACUUACCAGAAAAUAACAACAAUAACAUUCGAUCCAGACCAGUCUGGCGAUUUUAAAGAGACUGAUGAAGUAAUUAUAGUCAACCCAGCACUAUUAGUUCUCACAGAAAUAACUUCAACAAUAGAGCAAUUGGCCGUUGCAGGAUGUAUAAACAAAAUAUUUUUGCCGCCAUAUGAUACUCUUUUCAUAAAAGUAGAUAUCAAAUCAGUCUUAUUCGAAGGUAUACCAUUUGCACAAGCCUCUCCAGACAAUGGAUAUGCGUGUAAUAUAAUACGAAAUCUCGUUAUCGAUAAAACUAAAUACAUGAGAAAUGUUCAAAGGAUAUACAAUACUGUAUAUACAGAUGCAGUGGACGGACUCAUUUUCUCAUUACUGGGUUAUAAAGCUGACGCUCCUGAUGGUAUUUAUACUGUAAACAGAGGUAUCCACGACGUUUCUCAGUUAGGAAAUAUCAUGAAAUGGAAUUAUUCUACGCACCUUCCAUUUUGGGGAAGUAAACAGUCAUCAAAUAACGAUUCUUGUCAAUUGGUACAUGGGGGAGAUUCUACUCUAUAUCCUCCGCAGAUUACGAAAGACGACGUUCUCAGUAUUUUUGCUACUGAUAUUUGCAGAUCGGUAGAAAUUUUCUAUACAGGUAAAGGCACAUAUAAAGGUAUAGAAGGACUGCGCUUCGAACCUAAAGAAACCACUUUCACAUCUCUUUUAUCAAAUGUUGAAGAAGAUUGUUUCUGUACAAAACAAACAAAGAAUGCACAAGGAGAAUUAUCUUGUUAUUUAGAUGGUGUGCUAGAUUUGUAUGAUUGUUUUGGUGUUCCAAUUUUAUUGUCAUUUCCUCAUUUUCUCUAUGCCAAUGCUUCAUAUAAAAACGGAGUGGAAGGUGUUACUGAAGCUGAUCCUGAAAUACAUGGAAUAUAUUUACUCAUAGAACCAAAUACAGGCACACCUUUAGUUGGUAGGAAAAGAGUACAGUUCAAUUUAGUUAUACGACCAGCGGAACAUUUAAAAGAAAUUACAAAAAAUAUUUAUUCUACUAUUUUACCAUUAGUUUGGGUUGAGGAGGGUGCAGAUUUAACGGAUGAUUUGAUAGAUAUGAUUGAAGAUCAAUAUUUCAAGAAGGUGAAACUAACGAAGGGGGUCAAAUAUGGACUAAUAGCUGUAUCUGCAGCAGCUGUUUUAUCAGUGGGUGCUAUUUUACUCAGAAAAUUAUUACGCAAGAAAUAAUUUAUGUAUAAAUAAAUUAAAUAAGGAAAAAACA